AUUAGUGAGGUCGACACUCUGUAAAUGUUUUCGUACGAAUUGUUUGUGCCGUGGAAGAACGUUCUCUUUCAAUAAAGUAUUAACAGUGUAAUUUGAAAAAUGGCAUGGUUAUGUAGUCGUGUUGCUUUCCGGACUUGUCGACGCACAUUUUUGAGCGAUGCUGUUAAAUACAAAGCAAAGAAUGGUAUUCCUGAGCCAUUAGAUCUUGCGACAGGUAUAGAAAAACGUGAAUUACUUGCUGCAGCAGCCGGAAAUUUUGAUCCAUAUCACAUGAAAGCCUUAGAAAUAUCACGUGAUAGCACAAGAGAAUCACCAAAUUUAGUACCAAGCGCAUUCAAAAGUCGUAUUGUCGGUUGCAUUUGUGAACCAGAUACAUCACAUGUGAAUUGGAUGUGGUUACAUGAUGGUCAACCACGUCGUUGUGAAUGUGGUCAUUGGUUUAAACUUACUGAAGUUGCUCCAUUGUAAUGUAAUGUCAUUUCUUGUUAAUUAGUCAUUUAUUAAAAUAAUAGAAUUAAUAUUAUAUAAUA